GUCUGAGUACAAGAAAAAAAAGGAAAAUGACUUCUCAAAGUCAAAGCAGAUGGCUGCCAUUGCUUUCAUGAAAUUCAUGGAUUUAUGGUCAAUUGGUCUGGCAAUGCCACUGGCAAAGAAUUCAAUCAACUACCGGAACGUUUCAAACAAAUGAGAAAGGGGGCACUAGUGCGCUUUCGCAUCCCCGAACCCGAUUGGUGUUCUACAGCGAAAAAUGCAACCACCCGCCCUCCGCUCCGUGACGCCACCACCACCGGGCCGGGCUGCGCUGAUCUCUGCCUCUGUCCUGGAUUGGUCUUGUCUGUUAAGUAACUUUCGUAUUGGGCAUGGACGGUGCGAAAUUAGCGUACUAGCAAGCGCUUGAGAGAUGGGAAUUAUCGAGAAAUAAACAUCGUAAUAUCAGAUGUUCAGGAAGCCGACUCCCCCAUUAUCCAUGGAGAACAGCAUCUACACGUUGCCAUGGUAGCAGUGCAGCAGUCGCAAAGGAGAGUAUCGUGAUGGAGGGAUUGAAACAGCGUAUCCGUACUCUAGGUCCCAUCACAGUAGCAGACUAUAUGAAGGAAGUCCUUACAAGUCCUGUUGGGGGUUACUACAUGCAGGGAGAUGUGUUUGGUGAGAGAGGAGAUUUCAUUACUUCCCCAGAGAUUAGUCAGAUGUUUGGAGAGCUGAUAGCUCUGUGGAUCAUCCAUGAAUGGUCAAGAUUAGGAUGUCCGAGACCCCUACAGCUGGUAGAGCUUGGUCCUGGUAGAGGUACCCUUGCUGAUGAUGUACUCAGGGUUUUUAAGCAGUUUCCUCAGCUUCCCCUGGACACCUUGAGCCUCCAUCUCAUUGAGGUGAGUCCUGGGAUGAGUGAUGUCCAGCACAAGACACUCACAGGUCACCAACGGAGGUUAAAGGAUGAGGUCAAUGGAGGGGUCAUCGAUGGUAUACCAUACAGGUCCGCAUCAAUCAAGGGGGGUAUUCCAGUCUCAUGGUACACAAGUCUUUCCCAAAUUCCAAGUGGUUUCACAUGCUUCCUUGCACAUGAAUUCUUUGAUGCCUUACCAAUUCAUAAAUUUCAGAAAAGUUCUUCAGGAUGGCGAGAGAUAAUGAUUGAUGUGGAUGAUGAUUCUAACAGUCCUCAAGACCUCAGGUUUGUCCUGUCACCAGCCCCUACGCCGGCUUCUAAUUCCUUCAUCCAGGCAUCAGAAACGCGAGACCAUGUAGAGGUGUGCCCGACUGCUGCGGUCAUUGUCCAAGAGAUGGCAGGACGUAUCUAUAGUGAUGGCGGCAUGGCACUCAUUGUUGACUACGGACAUGAUGGCACCAAAACAGAUACUUUCAGGGGUUUCAAAAACCACCAGCUCCAUGAUGUGCUGAGUGAACCUGGUACAGCAGACCUUACAGCUGAUGUAGACUUUGCUUACCUCAGACGUAUGGUUGGGGAUAGAGCUGCUACCUAUGGCCCCAUUCACCAAGGUUUGUUCUUGCAGAUGAUGGGAAUAGACACAAGACUAAAGGCUUUACUGAAAAGCACACCUUCGGAGGAACACAAGAACCUUAUCAGCGGCUACAAGAUGCUGACCCAGCCAGAUCAAAUGGGCGAGAGAUUCAAAUUCUUUUCUAUCCUACCUCAUCUACCAAACCAGUAUGUUCCAGCUGGAUUCAGAUGAAAUUUUAUAUAAUCUUUAUGCAUUUUUUACUACCAGAUAUCAUUUGAAUGCUUCCAUUGUUUUAUCUUCACUCUCACUGCCGUUGUGCCUUACCAGGCGACAUUUAAUUUUACAGCUAUGGAAGUACUUGAUUUAUGUUGUAUAUAUACAAUAUGUAUGAAUAAGAGUAUAUUAUAAUGAAUAUAUAGAAUAAUUGUAGUGCAAUAACCCUAUUUAAUAGGGCCAAGUUUUUUUUAUACCUUUACCCACCAAAGAUUAAUGCCAGAUGCAUUAUUCACAAAUUUGGUUUAAAACUGUGGUGCACAUCAUGGUCAUACAGUUUUCAUGAAUUCAUGAAAGCUUAAUUUAGCCUCUCAUUGAGAAUAGGCUUAAUAUCAAUGAACCCAGAUUUUUUAAUGAAUUAGCCCACCCUUUAUAUAAAUUAAUGAACUGCUUACUCAAACGGUAGCAACAAACAUGAAUUUAGCACCUUAUGUAGCAUACAAAGUUAAACCGUAACUCUGGACGACAAUUUAUAUCUAAAGGCGAAUAAAGCAUGAGCCCAUUUGGAGAUGAAUUACUGUACUAACCAACCAAUUGUAGUUUCUGAGCAUGUUUGCAGCUCGUCUGCAAAAUCUCUAAGCUCCUUGUUGUAACUAGUCACCGCCAACCCAUCUGUGACACACACCUCAGCCAUGCUUCUUUCAUCUUAUGGUUGUCUCCAAACCAUUCUGCUAGGAGCUCCUUUGCUCUAGUUUGGCCGCAAUCGGGUGGCAUCAUCCACAACAGCGUAUGACAUUCUUUGAAUUCAUCAUCAUUCUCUCAACAUGACAAUACAGCACAUAUUACUAAUAUUAGCAUACCUAUCACAGAAUCCUUCUGACCCUGUAGAAUUUGAGCAAUCACAUUCAACUUAAACAUUGUCUACACAGCUAUUGAUAUUGUCUUCCAUUACACUACCUAACGGCAUAGCAAAAUCUGUGUAAGAAUGGAAGCUAUUAAUCCACAAAAAUCCGCACUUGAACUUGUUGAGCCGUCUUGGUUCGUAUUAUUUUUCAAACAUUUAAUAAUUUGACAUCUAAGCAUAAAUACAUUGGCUUGUGCAAAAAUAUGACUCAACUCAACAAGACAGCCAAAUCUAACCCUUUUUAAUGGCCAUAUCUGUUCCCCACCCAAGCCGCCCUCUGUCGGCAAACCUUAGACGAUAAAUCCUAUUCCUCAUUUAUAACAGAACUUUCACCUUAUAACAUAAGUUUGUUUCACUGUACGAACUAUGUAGCUCAAGUACCAAUAUUACCUUUGUGAGUCAGGUGAUGAUAUUUCUUCAUCUUCCAUUAACCAUCCGUUUUUUGUUCUCGCCACCAUUUUAGAACCGUUUGAUAUAUCAACAUCAAUAAUAUUAUCUUAUAUGUUUGCAUCAGUGUUCUGUGUUUUAAGAUGUAUAUUAGUUACUUAUGCCCAACAUACAUAUGGUAUGUUUAUCAUAUUUCCCAGAUACUCCUGUUUUGUCUCAGAGCUGCUGUCUUAGCUUGAAGUGAAUAUUAGGGUAGUGAUAUGAAUUAAAAUGAGUAUCCUAGGCUUCUAUCUGUACUCAUUUAUUCAGUGACUUUUUCAUGUAUCUC